AUGCCUGACAUAUUUACCAAAUGGAUGGGAAGCUCCAUUGAAAACAUCUCGGGGCAUAACUCCUGGCCUUACAUCCGAACAUCAUGCAAGGGCAGCCUUCGUGGUCCCCAUAAUGGUGAAGGAAUCGUUGGAGCUGUCUCUUGGGAUCAUGCUGAUUCCUGCUCUCUUGUAGCAAUCAAGAAAGGAAAUGCUAUGAAGUAUCCCUCAUCUAGUCGAGAACACACACAGUCAACCCUCAAGAUGGAGAAAAGUGCAUCACAUUGUAAGAUAGGAAAUACCAGGUGUGAUCUGAAUGAUAUUGAUGUGAAAGAGACUCAAAGUUUACCAUGUGAUCUCCACCUAAAGCCUCGGCCUAAAGGCCAGAGCUCAUUAUUGGAUGCUCUUCAGAAACUUGACUUGAUCUACAACCCCAUCACCAAGCAACUUCAAAGACGUCCAGAUGGUGAUGGCUGUGAAUGUAGGGCUUCGGUCCCAUUGGACAUGAGGCCAUCAUUUCAUUGGAGUGAUGAGGACUCUCUGUCUAAGAUGACACCCCAGGAAGGAUUGAAUAUUGAUGGCAAGUUUCUACUUGGAAGUACUCUCAGUAGUGGCAAUGAUAAGCUGGAGAGAGACAGUGGUUUCAGUGGGAGCCGUCAUAGUACAUUGGAAAGGACAGAAACAAGCUUGUCACUCUCUCAUACAAAUGACAGUUCAUUCAGUAGCAUCUCCAGCUUAAGUGCUUCAACUGACAUUUCAGUGCUGAAUAGUGCAAACCUUUCAGAAGAUGGAUCGCAUGUGAUUGCGUAUUCUGUUGUGAGCAACCCAGACCCUGGUGAGAAGCGCAAGAGGAAGGGUCUAUCAACUCUGCUGCCAAAGAGUCUUCUUAGCUGGAGACAUUCACCAACAACCCAGACAUGUGAUACACAGGCCAAAGUGAGUGGCAAGGGAUCAUGGCCCUUUUUCCACAGAGUCAGCCAGCGUGAAAUUGAGUCUGGGAGUCGAAGUAGCAGUAGUCCAUCUCCAUGUGGUGAUCAGAGUGGAGCUGGUCAGUUGAUUUUUGAGUCAAGGCCAUCACAUCUCCCAACAAAAGCAGAACAUGAGGAAGCCAGGCAUGCUCACCUCUACAAGCAAAUGCUGGCAGCUGCUCGUAGGAAAGAGUUCAGUGAGGCCAAAGUGAAGGAGAAGGAAAAGCAGAAACAACUCCAGGCAGAACAAGAAGUUAGUAGGGUUGCUAAAAUUUGGACCUCCCAGAUUCUUCCUCACUGGGCAACCAUGAAAGAUACAAAGAAAACAAGAGACCUAUGGUUCAAGGGGUUGCCUUCAAGUGUCAGGGGAACUGUCUGGAAAAAGGCCAUUGGCAACAACCUCAAUAUCACCCAUGAGAUGUAUGAUGUCUCAUUGAAGAGGGCGAGAGAGAGACUCAAUGAAAGCUUUGAAACAGAGGUGAUGGAUCAUACAUGCAAAGAAGGCACCUUGAAGUCUAUUGGCUUGGAUAUCUCUCGGACAUUCCCAAUGCUUGGCAUUUUUCAAAAGGGUGGUCCAUACCAUGACUCUUUGCACGACUUGUUGUGUGCCUAUGUGUGCCUUCGCCCUGACAUGGGAUAUGUUCAGGGGAUGUCUUUCCUGGGUGCCAUCCUUCUCCUGCAAAUGGAGCAGGAGGAUGCCUUUGUUGCUCUUGCAAACCUCCUCUCUCGUCCACUUCUCAGGGCAAUGUUCUCCCUUGAUGAAGCCAUUAUGGAAGCCUACUUUGAAGCAUAUGAGGAGUGUCUGAAGAGCUGCUUGCCUGUUGUUGCCCAACACUUAUCCAACAUAAACCUUGGACCCAACCUGUAUCUCUUGGAAUGGCUUUUCUCCAUCUACUCAAAGCCAUUUCCCUUGGACAUUUCCUGCAGAAUUUGGGAUAUCUACCUCAGGGAUGAGGAUGAAUUCCUCUUUCAAGUAGCAAUUGGUAUCCUUCGCUACCAUGAACCAAGCAUUCUUCAAAUGGAUUUCAUCACUUGUGCACGCUUCCUGACCAAGCUUCCAACAGAUGCCAUGGAUAUUGAUAAGUUUUUCUCCAUCUUAGAAAGUCCAACAAACUCCAUGGGAGGAUCCAGGAAGUCUUUCUCUCAUUGUUUCAAUACAAAGCUCCAUGAUGUUAACGGUUGA